GUACUUGGCUGUUUUCUAAAUAUUUUAUACAUAUCUCAUUUAAUUCUCAAAAUAAUGCUUCCAUUGAUUCCUCAUUUUCAAGAAGAACAAACUGGAACACAGCGGUACAGAAACUUGCACAAGGCCACUGUCCUAAUCAGUUCAAGCUGCUGUAACAAAGUCCCAUAGACCAGGUAGUUUAUAAAAAACAGAAAUUUAUUUCUCAAAGUGCUGGGGGCUAGAAGUCUGAAAUCAGGGUGCCAGCAUGAUUAGGUCCUGGUGAAGGCUCUUUUCUAGGUUGCAGACUGCUGACCUGUUGUAUCAUCCCAUGGCAGAAAGAGGGCAAAAAAGCUCCCUGGGGUCCCUUUUAUAAAGGCACUAAUCCUAUUCAGCAGGGCCACUCCCUUAUGACCUAAUUACCUCUCAAUAAAUAAGAAAUCAAUCUGAAAUGAAUUGUGUUUGGCAUAUUUUGUAUUCUUGUAGGUGCACUGACCUAUUCCAUACAUUUUCAGGAUAUUUAGAGCCACAUUUUCCAAUUUAUCUGGGCAGAAACUGGUGAAAUAGGAAUAAAUAUAGUCAUGAUAUUCCAUCAUUAAUUCCAUGGUAUUCACUCAAAUGUAGUUCACCUUUUUUGGCCUCUAUUUGUAGGAACUAGUGUCCUUGCUGUGAGAGGGUGGUGGAGGUAAUUCUUGAAUGCUUGUUUUCUGCACUGCAUCAUAUUCUUACAACAGGGUAAUAUAUUUGGACCUUGAUUAAUUAAUUAAUGUAAGGAAUGAAUUUGGCAAAAAAAGGAAUAAAUUUCAAAAGCCUCUUAAAACCACAUCCAACUCUAUCCAUACAAAAAUGAAGUAGGGUCCUAAAAUGCUUAAGACAAUGAUUUGAUUGUUCCUGGUGCCUCUUUUAAAUAAUUUCACUUGCUUAGGUCUUUCUAUCAUAAGUACUUCUUGGUCUCAAUUUUCCUCCUAAUAGCCUAAUUGUUCUUUUUUACUAUCUUGGCAUAGCCACUUAACAAAGUAACUUUGUUUUUCAUGCUACUUAUAGAGAAUUGGUUUUUUAUUUUACUAUUAAUGUUGCUAACAAGCGUCUACAUUUUGUAUAGUGUGUUGAUCUGUUCGUUGAGACAAUUAAAUAGUGUACCUCUUGGACUUGCAAAUUACACUCGUCAUCAGAGAUAAAAUGCACUGCCAAAUCAAAGUUGAUUGUAGGAAGUUUUCUACAUUACCUGAAGUAGUGAUGCUUAAAUGUUGCUAUGCAUGAGAAUCACUUAAGGAGAAAGAUAGUAUACUUCAAUCUUUCUCCUUAUUUAGCACCACCAGAGAAUUUGAUUCAAGAUGUGGAGGGGAGCCGGGAAUUGGCUUUAAAAAGUGCAAAAACCCAAUAUUCCCAAGCCAUUCUUUAUGUAUGUGGUUCACACACUGAGUUUGAGAAACACUGACUCGACCCAAAAGUCUUUAUGAUGCUCAGAUUUCUUAAAUGGCAUCACUGUGAAAACUCCUCAUGAAGUUAUUGAUUUGGACGCGUGGUGGCGGUGCAGGCUAAGAGAGCGAGUAAAAGCUCUGCGGAUUCGGGGGACUCCAUUUUACCCAGAAGCCAGGUAAAAAUACAGAACACAUUUAGAGCUAAAGCUAAGACAGACGUGUCCGGGAAGGCAGUCGUCCCCAGACAAGUUGAAAGAACAAAUUUAAAAGUCUAUAGCAAAAACAUUUCGGAGGGUCGUCUCCGGAUGUGGUGAUUGGGAGCUGAAGAGGAUUUUCUCCUAUGGAAUCAGUCCGAACAAUAGAGAUGGUGCAUACAAAAGAACAGCGCGCGGGAAGGCAAGUGGCCAUCUUCAUUUUAUUGAUGCUUUUGCGGGAGGUGGGUUCAGAAUCGAUUCAGUAUUCAGUGCUGGAGGAGACAGAAAGUGGCACGUUUGUAGCCAACUUGACAAAGGACCUGGGACUUGGGGUGGGAGAGCUGGCCGCACGGGGCGCCCGGGUGGUUUUCAAGGGGAACAGACAGCACUUGCGGCUUGACCCACAGACCCACGAUUUGCUGCUAAACGAAAAGCUGGACCGGGAGGAGCUGUGCGGCCCCGCGGAGCCGUGUGUGCUUCCUUUCCAAGUGCUGCUGGAGAAGCCUUUGCAGUUUUUUCAGGCUGCCUUGCGAGUCAGAGAUAUAAAUGACCACGCCCCAGAGUUCCCUUCUAGAGAGAUGACCCUGAGAAUAUCGGAAGUUACUGCGCCAGGAAAGACAUUUCCCUUAAAAAUGGCAAACGAUUUAGACGUUGGCAGCAACAGCCUUCAGAGCUACAGAAUCAGCUCCAAUCCUCACUUCCACGUUCUCACUCGCGACCGCAGCGACGGCAGGAAGUCCCCGGAGCUGGUGCUGGACGCGGCUUUGGACCGCGAGGAGCAGCCUCGGCUCAGGCUAACGCUCACCGCGCUGGAUGGCGGGUCUCCGCCCAGGUCAGGAACCUCGGAGAUUCAGAUCCAGGUUUUGGACAUCAAUGACAACGCCCCUGAGUUUGCUCAGGAACUCUACGAGGCGCAAGUCCCUGAGAACAGCCCCCUCGGCUCUCUGGUUAUUGCGGUCUCAGCCAGAGACUUAGACGCGGGAUCCUUUGGGGAGGUUUCCUAUGCCCUAUUUCAAGUCGAUGACGUCAACCAACCCUUCGAAAUAAACACAAUCACAGGAGAAAUUCGACUGAGAAAGGCUUUGGAUUACGAGGAAUUUCAGUCUUAUCACGUGGAUAUUGAGGCCACAGAUGGUGGGGGCCUAACAGGAAAAUGCUCUGUAGUCCUGAAGGUCCUGGACGUGAAUGACAACGCCCCUGAACUGACCAUGUCGUCGCUCAUCAGCCCCAUCCCUGAAAACUUGCCAGAGAUCAUAGUGGCAGUUUUCAGUGUUUCAGAUGCAGAUUCUGGACAUAACCAACAGGUGAUUUGUUCUAUAGAGAACAAUCUCCCCUUUAUUCUAAGACCUUCCGUGGACAAUUUUUACACUCUGGAAACAGAAGGAGCGCUGGACAGAGAGAGCCGAGCUGAGUACAACAUCACCAUCACCGUCACCGACUUGGGGACACCUAGACUGAAAACCCAACACAGCAUAACGGUGCUGGUCUCCGACGUCAACGACAACGCCCCCGCCUUCUCCCAACGCUCCUACACCCUGUUCGUCCCCGAGAACAACAGCCCCGCCCUGCACAUCGGCAGCGUCAGCGCCACAGACAGAGACUCGGGCUCCAACGCCCAGGUCACCUACUCGCUGCUGCCGCCCCGCGACCCGCACCUGCCGCUCGCCUCGCUGGUCUCCAUCAACGCGGACAACGGGCAGCUGUUCGCCCUGAGGUCGCUGGACUUCGAGGCCCUGCGGGCGUUCGAGUUCCGCGUGGGCGCCGCAGACCGAGGCUCCCCCGCGCUGCGCAGCGAGGCGCUGGUGCGCGUGGCGGUGCUGGACGACAACGACAACCCGCCCUUCGUGCUGUACCCGCCGCAGAACGGCUCGGCGCCCUGCACCGAGCUGCUGCCCAGGGCGGCAGAGGCCGGCUACCUGGUGAGCAAGGUGGUGGCGGUGGACGGCGACUCGGGCCAGAACGCCUGGCUGUCGUUCCAGCUGCUCAAGGCCACGGAGCCCGGGCUGUUCAGCGUGUGGCCGCACAACGGCGAGGUGCGCACCGCCAGGCCGCUGGGCGAGCGCGACGCGGCCAGGCACAGGCUGGUGGUGCUGGUGAGGGACAGUGGCGAGCCCGCGCUGUCUGCCAGCGUCACGCUGCACGUGCUGCUGGUGGACGGCUUCUCGCAGCCCUACCUGCCGCCGCCGGAAGCGGCCCCGGCCCAGGCCCAGGCCGACUCGCUCACCGUCUACCUGGUGGUGGCCUUGGCCGCGGUGUCGUCGCUCUUCCUGUUCUCGGUGCUGCUGUUCGUGGCGGUGCGGCUGUGCAGGAGGGACCGGGCGGCCUCGGGGGGUCGCUGCUCGGUGCCUGAGGGCCGCUUUCCGGGCCACCUGGUGGAUGUCAGCGGCACGGGGACCCUGUCCCAGAGCUACCAGUAUGAGGUGUGUCUGACUGGAGGUUCAGGGACUAGCGAGUUCAAGUUUCUGAAGCCGAUUAUCCCCAACUUCGCUUCUCAAGGAACUGGGAGGGAAAUGGAGGAAAGCUCCACCUUUGGGAAUAGCUUCCCAUUCAGUUAAGUACUGGAGUAUUCUAUAAUCCUAACCCUACUUAGUAAGUUCGGAAAUCUCUUUUAACUUAAAGUUACAUGGUAUUGAUGCAUGUUAUUGAUGGUCUAUUUCUUGCUUAAUUUACCUCUGUUCUUUAGGUUUAAUCUUUUUAAAGAUACUAGCAAUGCACAGUAUUUUCUCUAUUCAUGCUUAGUAGUUUUUUAUUACUUCACUGGACUGUAUUUGACAAUCUGAGUAAAAAGUAAAACUUUAUUUGCAUAAUUAAAAUACUUUUAAUUAAAUUACAUAUUCUUUUAACAAAAACAUAUUUCAAAGCACUUAAGUAAAAUUGUUUUUCCUGGUAUUAGUGGCACUUGUUUCACUAUUUCUAUGUAGGACAAUAUAAAAAUGUGAGUAUUUGUUAUUAUUUAUCUUCCAAUGUAAGUCUCAUUUUGGGCUAACUCCUAAGUGAGUAACACGAUAAACACUAAGGGUGGCUAAAUGCUAAGAUAUCCAUUCAUACUUAUGUGUAUUUCAAUAUACCAUAAUAGUCAAUACAUAUUUUCUAUGAAUAUAGACUUUAGUGAAGUGUCAACACAUUAAAUUACAGUUUGUGAACCUCAUGUAAGUACAUGAUGGUCUGUUUUUAAAAACAUUGAACCAAUUAUAAUAUAAAUGCUCAAUAAAUAUUUGCUGAAUGUUACAAACAU